GCAAAAAAAGAUGUUAAGAAAAAAGGUAAAUUGCGAGAUACUCUGUCGAACAAAGAAAAGAAGCCAGCUACACGAGAAGGUCCAAAGAAAAAGGCAAAAUCGCCUGCGACGAUGAUUACGACUAACAAGGGUAAAUCGAAAGCAAUACAAGUAAAGAAGAAUACCACCAAAAAAGCUGAGGAAAAGAAGGCUCCACAAUAUCAGCCGAGUAUGGUCGAAAAGGCUGCUAACCUUUACCCAGACAAAUAUUGGAAAUUCCAUGCCGAAAGCAACACUGGAAUGUUAAAUUAUAUUAACGAAGAACAUCAACUAGAAUUGAUAAACGUGGAUGUGCGUGAUCAAGGGCCAAUCACUGGCAUGACACUUUCUCCCGAUGGUGCAAUGCUUGUGACGUUUUGUAAUGUAGGAUGUGCAAAAAUAUGGGAUACCGCCGACUUCAAAUUAAUUCAAAAAUUAAGAGACACAGAGGAAGUGAAUAUUGAUGAAUUCUUCGUUGGUAAAUUCAUUCCUGAUCACACUCGCAUGGCAAUUGGUGGUAAAUUGAAAGAUCGUCAUCAUUGGUCAAAAGAUGAUGAUGAUAAUCAUAUCCUACCGUGUCCUCUUAAGGUAUUCUAUGUUGGAAUACCUAAAACUAAAAUUAUUUAG